UACAGAGUGUCCAAACACAGAGAAACUAUGAAAACUGCUGAAGAGACUGAGAUCCACGGGACACUAUUAUUCUAAAGAUGGUGUUUAUUAAAGUGGAGAGUGAAGACCUGAAGAUUGAAGAAAUAUUCAGUGUCAAACAAGAAGAAACUGAGGAUCAAACAGGUCUGAUGACACUGAAAAAGGAGAGUGAAGCUCUGAAUGAAACGGGAGGUAAAUAUAAGCUUGAGAAACAUCAGGAGUUCAUAACUGAAGAAAAACCAUUUACUAGCUCACAGGCUGAAAAGACUUCUUCAAGAAAUAGAGCUCAAAAGACAAAAGCCUGCAAAAAGAGGCAUUUUACCUGUCACCAGUGUGGAAAUGGUUUUAAUCAAAAAGGAGACCUUAUCAGACACAUGACAACUCACACUGGAGAAAAGCCUUUUACCUGUCACCAGUGUGGAAAUAAUUUUAAUCGAAAAGCACACCUUAUCACACACAUGAGACUUCACACUGGAGAAAAGCCUUUUACCUGUCACCAGUGUGGAAAGAGUUUCACUCGAAAAGUAGACCUUAUCAGACACAUGAGACUUCACACCAGAGAGAAGCCUUUUACCUGUCACCAGUGUGGAAAUGGUUUUAAUCAAAAAGCACACCUUAUCAGACACAUGACAACUCACACUGGAGAAAAGCCUUUUACCUGUCACCAGUGUGGAAAGAGUUUCACUCAAAAAGUAAUCCUUAUCAGACACAUGAGAACUCACACCGGAGAGAAGCCUUUUACCUGUCACCAGUGUGGAAAUAGUUUUAAUCAAAAACGAAACCUUAUCACACACAUGAGAACUCACACUGGAAAGACAGAGUUUCACUCAGCUUUAAAACCUUAAAGUACAUAUGAGAAAUCAAAGGCUGCAUUUACAUUUGUCAUUAAGAUGUGACCUGUAUCUGGAAGUUGUCCCCAUGAAUAUUGAAAAACAAGUGUAAACGUGCUUCUGAUAGGAAUGAUAUCUGAUCAGCAGAUUUUGGUCCAGAGGUAGUCGAGGACUUAUUGUGAUCGGAUCUCAGUGUAAUGUAAACACAAUCCAGCCAUGGAGUCUGUAUUCGCAGGUCAACAUCACGCCAAACUAGACAAAUGCCUUUUGCCUAAUAGCAGUUUAGAAACUGUUUCACUCUAAAAGGAUGCAAUAAAAGGCACAUGAGAAUUCAAAUUGUAGAGAGAGAGUUUUGAUCAACUUAUCAAACUUUAUUAUCCCACUUACUACACAGCUACUUGCCACAUAAGUAAAUAAGUAGACACAAAAUUUUCAUUUGAGUUAAAAUAUUUGAAUGCAAAGCUUCCAUGAUGAAAGCAGUCGCUGACAACCUGCAAGUUCUAACUAGACAGGCAUUUAAAGGCCGUGUUGCAGGGUUAAUUUUCCAACAAGUUUUUGCAAUUUGCUUGUUGGUAAUAAACAUUUAAACUGUUAUCCUUUGUGUUUUAUGUUGUUGGUUAUCACAAAAUGGAAUAUAAUACGAAAAAGUAGGUACUACCUUACAGCGGUCUCCUUUCCCCCACAAUGCACUGCAUUACGUCACGUUGGGGAGAGAAUUUACCAAAGCCCGCCUUGAGAGCAUUGAGAGUGACUAGAUAGACGAAUAGUAGACAAGAGUAUUCAGAUAGCGCAGUUUAUAGAUAUACACAUAGAUAGACAGACAGAUAGAUAUCGACCAACAGCGACCAAAACGCACUACCACGGAACAGGUAAUGUACGUUUGCAACAACAUUUUCACCGGAGGAAGAGAUAAACGCUUAGAAACGCCCAUAUAGCUAGCAUAAAUGCCUUCUAUUUCUAGAUGAAAAAGACAAAGUUUACCAGCUCUACGACACAAUUGGCUUUGACGGCCAUCAGUUCUUGGC